AUGUGUGGAAUUAUCGCGCUUCUGCUAUCAAAUCCUGAUAUAUUAGCAAGCGUCGAACUGUUCGAGGGAUUGCAAAUUUUGCAACAUAGAGGACAGGAUGCGGCAGGUAUCGUGACCUGCGGGCAUAAAGGACGUCUUUAUCAAUGCAAAGAGAAUGGAAUGGUAAGGGAUGUCUUUGAUCAGGAAAACUUACAGAAUUUGAUUGGAAGUCUCGGUAUCGGUCAUGAAAUCCUUAAAGAAGCUUCAUCACUUGUAGAUGAAUUAUCAUUUGUCAUACAUAUUUUAACGUUUCAUAUUUUUAUUAAUUUAGUUCGCUAUCCAACCGCUGGAACGUCUUCCAAGUCUGAAGCACAACCUUUUUAUGUGAAUAGUCCGUACGGGAUGGUUUUAGCACACAAUGGAAAUCUGGUUAACGCAGAAGAAUUAAAGAACUCACUGGACGUUAGGGCACACCGUCAUAUCAACACUGACUCUGAUUCUGAACUACUCUUGAACACAUUUGCCGACAAUUUACAGCAAACCGGUAAAUUCAGAAUUUACGAAGAAGAUAUCUUUACAGCCAUAAAAGGCCUUUACGAACAAUGUAUAGGUGGUUAUGCGUGUGUAGCUAUGAUUGCAGGUUUCGGUAUUAUUGGAUUUCGGGACCCACAUGGAGUUAGACCAAUAUGCUAUGGAACUCGGGUAAACCACGAUGGUUUUGAUUUUAUGUUUGCGUCAGAGAGCGUCGUGUUGGAUAAUUUAGGUUUCACGGAAGUUAAAGAUAUAAGUCCUGGCGAAGCUGUAAUCGUAACGAAGCAAGCUAUAACAAAACGUAAACUAGUGCAUUGGGGAGAGCUCACGCCAUGUAUAUUUGAAUAUGUAUAUUUUGCGCGUCCUGAUUCAGUCAUUGACGGAAUUUCCGUAUAUCGCUCAAGAUUAGAAAUGGGUGAGCAUUUAGCCAACCAAGUUGUGAAAAAAUGCGGCAAAAACUUGGACAUUGACGUUGUCAUUCCGAAGGGUACUAAUCAAUUUUUAGACCGUGAGAAUGUUCCUGACACAAGUCGUGUAGCUGCUCUUCAAGUGUCACACAAAUUGAAGAUUGCGUAUCGUGAAGGAUUCAUAAAAAAUCGUUAUGUAGGUCGUACAUUCAUAAUGCCCGGACAACAAAUGCGUCGAAAGAGUGUUCGACGUAAAUUGAAUGCCAUGGCUUUGGAAUUUGUCGAUAAAAAUGUUCUAAUAGUUGAUGAUUCAAUCGUUAGAGGUACAACUUCUAAAGAGAUUGUCCAAAUGGCACGCGACGCCGGCGCAAAAAAAGUAUAUUUUGCUUCAUGUGCACCUCCGGUUAGGUACCCUAAUGUUUAUGGUAUAGAUAUGCCAUCUCGACAGGAGCUUGUGGCAUUUGGUCGUGACGAUGAUUUAAUUGCCAAAGAGAUAGGUGCGGAUAUGGUGAUAUAUCAGGAUCUUAAUGACUUGAUUGCUUCUUGUCAGAAGUUCAACCCAAAUAUUACAGUGUUUGAUUGUUCUGUAUUUAAUGGUCAUUAUGUUACCGGUGGGGUUACGAAUGAAUACUUGGAUCGUUUAGAAAAGUCUCGUAGUGAUUUAGCAAAGUCAUCCAGAGAAAACCUUCAUUCACCUGAAGCCAUUGGAUUACAUAAUUUACGUCAUACAUCUUCACAAGCAUCAUUAGAACGAAAUGGUUGGAAUGGUGUUAACGACCAAAUAAAUAUGGAAGAAACUUCACGUCAACGUAAAGAACGUUUAAAAGCUACACGUAAGCGAAAGCUUGCCUCUUCAAAGUCUGAAGAACAGGCGUCCGAAGAGCAGGCGUCCGAAGAGCAGGCGUCCAAAGAGCAGGUGUCCAAAGAGCAGGCGUCCGAAGAGCAGGCGUCCGAAGAGCAGGCUGUUGAAGAAGCUUCUAAUAUUGUAAAAAAACCUAUAUUAAAAUUUCGUAAUUAUACUCCAUCAAACGAAGAAAUAAAAACUGCUGCCAAAAUUCACAUAGCGACACCGAACGAUUUAGACGAAACUCUAGAAAAACAUGUGGAUCGCAUCACAAAAGAAGUGGAAGAAACCGAAAAGGCAAAACGCGAGGAAGAAGAUUUAUUCAAUUUGGCACCAAAAAAACCAAAUUGGGAUCUUAAACGCGAUGUUGAAAAAAAGUUGGCAAAACUUGAAAGAAAGACACAAGCUAGUAUUGCCCAUUUAAUAAAGGCAAGACUUCAAAGUGAUUCGGCUGAAAAUACUUCGAUUGGUUUGAUUGACGCCGUUAACGCGCAACAAAAAGCUGAUUUAGAAGAUAAUGACUCUGAUUAG